AUGCUUGGAAGCCUCAAUUUUGGCAUUAGUGUUGGCCUGCCAACUCCAAUGACAACAGUUUUCCAUAAUUGGAAUAAAUCAGAUAGCGCACUUCAAUGGUAUAACAUCAUAACAUCAUUAUGCGCUAUAUUUAGUCCCUUUAUACUAACAUUCUCAUUAAAUUAUGUCGGAAGGCGCUUAGCUUUUAUGUUUUUACAUAUAUUUGCUGCGGGAAUUUAUGUUCUUUCCCUUUUUAUGUCAAAAGAAAGAUUUUGGAUAGCUAUAUUUUCCAGAGCACUGGCUGGUUUAGACAUUGGUGGUUUCACAUCAUUAUGUCCGACAAUGUUAAUCGAAAUUGCGCCUACAAAACUAGGAGGAUUUUUUGGGAACUUACAUCAAAUUGGAUGCGUCGUUGGAAUUACAAUAAUGUACGUUCAAGGAACCUACGCAAAUUGGAAAACGUUAUUUUAUACAGGAAUAGGUUUUUCAGCUCUUGGAGCAUGUCUAAUAUGGAUUUGUCCUGAAACAUCUCCAAAUAGGAGAAAAUCAGAAAGUGAUUCUAAUACUCAUAGAGAAAAAGAUACAUUAUUCCAGGAUUGCUAUUUGGAAAAGCUAGUUGUUGGAUUAACGAUGAUGUUUAUUCAACAAUUUUGUGGAAUUAAUGCAAUUUUAUCUAAUUUGAGUCAAAGCUUCGAAGAUGCAGGUGUUCCAUUAGCGACAGGCAUUGCAUCAACAAUUUCCAUGGGUUGCCAGUUUUUAGGCGUUUUCAUUUGCGGUUUUGCUGUGGAUUAUCUUAGAAGAAUGCCACUUUUCUGUAUUUCAGCAUUAGGAUGUGCCAUUAUGCUCUUCCUAUUUUCAAUAAACACUUCUUAUAAUCUUACGAACUGGGUUGCGAUUGUAAUUAUUUGUUUUUAUUUGUUCUUCUUCGGUUUAGCUUUGGGACCAAUUCUAUGGUUUAUUGUACCAGAAUUGUUCCCAGAUUCUGUCCGAUCAAUGGCUGCAACAAUGGUUGUUGUUGUCAACCAAUUUUGCUCAUUCAUUGUUGUUUUCAUGUUCCCAUGGAUGAAAGAAGGCAUGGGACAAUCCGCAACAUGCAUAUUCUAUGGUGUAAUUAGUGCUCUCGGUGCAAUAUUUGGUUUCUUUUACAUUAUCGAACCAUCAAAUACAAAGAUGGGAGGUAUUGACUGGAAUGACGACGACCUAGUAGAUGACCUACUCGAUAUCAAAGACCCUAUCACAAAAAGUAUAAAUAACUAA